AAGGCUCAAAUUCAACAGCCACGACGAGCGCACGCCGUUCUCACGCGCUACUCGAAUAUAGGAUGUGCUUGAUCAAGAAGGAGACGCCGCCAUUACCACUUCCUUUCGGGAGCGCUGUUAGCACGACGACGGCUGCUGGCCCUUCUUUUUUACUUCUUUCUCCGGCGGCCGUGGCAGGGCACAGCGCCUUCGGGAAGAGGGGAUGAAAGAUGUAAGGAGACGAGAGAGAAAGAGUGGCAGCGUCUUUGGAAGGUUACGUUCGCUUGCAAGUGACGACUCCAGCAGCAAACGCGUCAGAGAGGUCGUGUCCAUGUAAGCAUGGUUUACCCCCUGUCCCUCUCCGCCCCCUCAAAUUCAACGUAGAGAAGCGAGCGCGGAGGGAGAUACCAUUGCAUAUAGAAGGUGUGAUGCUUCCGCACUUUCUCGGCAUCUCUUUCCACACCCGCAAGCUUUCACUCCUCCGUCAGUACUCGUGAGUGCGCGCCAUUUUGAUAACUGCGCCGUUGAAAACGUGACUAUCUGCGCCGUUCGCAGAGUGCUGAAGCGUUUGAAUAGUAUUUGGCGUGCAUUUUCUUCACUCGCGCUGAGGACUUUGGAACGUCAAUUUUGUGCGCUGCGUCAUCCGAGAUGCCGCCGAUCCGUUGUCUGCUGACUGUACCGCACAUUCAGAUAAAGCGGACGUACCACUUGGAAGAAGGUUCCGUGGUCGCCCUCAAACAUGCGAUUGCCACAUGUCCUGUCCUUGGGUCGCAAGUUCAACUGUCUUGCAGCAAAUUUCAGGUAAUGGAUCCUCUGUUCAAUGAACUUGUCGACCUCGCUACUGAAGACAGCAUACCCGAUAUGUCGAAAAUCGUUCUUAUGGCACAGCAAGAAAGUAGCGGGAAUGAAGCGCCGUCAUGUUCAUCGUCACAGGGCACAUUACAAGCUGUUGUUGAAACUGGUGAGCAAGACACACCAAGCAUGGUCAUUGAGCCUGUCGAGCGCCCACUCGGCUCAGGGGAUAAUGAUGGCAUAAAUUUUAAACUACCCAGCCUUGGUGCCCUCCAUGGAAAAGUGAUAAGCUCUCCGCUGCUAACACCUUCUACAUUCAGGCAAAUCAUUGACAUCCUGCACAAUGAAAUGGCCAAGCACACACUGUAUCCAACGCGUUGUUUCUACAGUAAGGUGACAACCCUGCUUCUUGACAAGUAUCCACAGCUGAAAGAUGUAAUUGGAAGUGGGCACGACUCCUGGAAAGUAGCCCUCCGCAAUAAGUAUAAAAACCUAAGAAGGAAGCUGGAUGAUCAUGAAGAUGUGUUAGCAAGUCGCCAGAAAUUCGGUGCCCAAAAGAAAACAGGAGGCACCACUGAGCUUCAAAGAAAAAAAGCUGGGAAAAUGAGUGUGAGCAUCACAGAUCUAACAGCAGAAGAUGAUGACAGUAUUGCCAAACAUGAAGAUCGACUUGUUUUGGAAACCAAAAAACUAUUGCCGGAUGAGCAACUCGUGGAAAAGUUAAUGGCCUUGACAGCUGGGAAGAGGCUUCCUGACGUUGCGACGAAAACGAUUCGUGAUGUGAAAAAGAACUACCCCUAUAUGAUGGACUUUCAGCGAUUUUGCAAUGACUUUACAAGACUGACCGACCGACAUAAAACCAGUCGGGAAGGUUUCAACAGCCAUCGAUAAAUUAACCCAAUUGGCAGUGAUGAAGAAAAUACGUUGUAGUGAAAACACGAGGCAAAUGUUGGAGAGAGCACGUCAAAUGGACCCCAAAAGGAUGAG